UAGCAGUUCUAACAAUUCUUCAACGGAAAAUCAGUCAAAGAUGACACGUAAUUCUUUUAAAACAGUCGCUACAACUGAUAUAAGCAAACUGGAAAUUAAUGAAAACCAAAUAUCAGAGAAGCGAUACGGGAACAAUCAACAACGCAACAUAGCUAUAAGAGCAGAUCACGUACAGUUGGCGUGA